AUGGGCGGCGGUACUAUCGAAAAGUUCAUAAGAAAGAAAGGAAGUGUGGAUAGAGACACUAGGGCCGUAUUUAAACCAAGGAAGGCUAACAAGGAAGAUCCUCAAGUGAUGGUGAAACGUGAUUGCAUUGAGCCGAACCGGGUCGCUACCUUCGAACCAGUCGAAAGCUUCACGGUCGACCCAUCAAGUUCCAGAACUGGUGGUUUACCAAACAAAUUAUGGAUUUCAGGAAGUGCGGUACUGGUUCUGAACGGUGCUAUCUGGGUGGGUCGAGCACGGCUAAUCUGCAAUAUUUCGCUAGCCCAUAAUGUUAUCAGAUAG